CAGUAGUAUCAUAAUCGUGCUGCUGUAAAAUUGGGUUGGUUUUCCUCUUCUCCCCAACGGAAGUUGGACAAAUUUGGUGUAACCGCUAAAUACGCCCUCCCAUCAACUCAAUUCUUUGGGUGUGCCUUCACUGAUAAAUUAUAGCUAGCCAAGUACAUCUUCGCUUCAACAGUAUAACCUUGCUCUGGGGAAUUCAGAAUCGCCAUGAAGUACGCAUUGUCCACGACGGUAGCUGUGACUGCUGGGGCGGUAGUGCUGUCCACUGUGGGCAUAAUUGUAGCCCUCUAUCUAGGCAAGAAGAAGAAGCCUCCAGUCACCUUGCUUGACCCUACUCAAAAAUACCACCUAACACUCAUCGAUAAAGAGGUGAUCAACCAUGAUACUCGCAGGUUUCGCUUUCGACUUCCCUCAACAGAACAUAUCCUGGGACUCCCUGUAGGGAAUCAUGUAUACCUCUCUGCCCGUAUUGACGGCAGCCUGGUAGUCAGACCAUAUACACCUGUGUCCAGCAACGACGACAAAGGAUAUGUUGAUCUGGUUGUGAAGAUCUACUUCAGGAAUGUGCACCUCAAGUUUCCUGAUGGGGGGAAGAUGUCCCAAUACCUGGAGAGUUUGCAGCUGGGAGACGUGGUAGACUUCAGAGGACCAGGAGGCCUGCUGGAGUACAAAGGACAUGGGCAGUUUGCAGUUCAGACAGACAAAAAGUCUCCUGCUGAGAUAAAAGUUGCCAGUACUGUGGGUCUGAUAGCUGGAGGAACAGGCAUCACCCCUAUGCUACAGCUGGUGCGCGCCAUCAUGAAGGACCCCAGUGACAGCACCACCUGCAGCCUGCUGUAUGCUAACCAGACUGAGAAGGACAUCCUGCUGAGGGAUGAGCUGGAGGAGGUCCAAGUCCGACACCCAGACCGCUUCAAGCUGUGGUUUACAGUGGACAGGGCACCCGAGGGCUGGGAGUACAGUGAGGGCUUCAUCAACGCAGACAUGAUCCAGGAGCACCUGCCGGCCCCCAGUGACGACACCUUGGUGCUCAUGUGCGGUCCGCCCCCCAUGAUCCAGUUUGCCUGCAACCCUAACCUGGACAAGUUGGCCUACCGGCAGAGUCAGCGCUUUGCCUACUAGUCUCCAGCCUAGGGACUCUCCUCCCAGCCACCCCCGGCCUGGGCAUUCUCAAUUCAACAAGGACAUCAAUUCAGUGUUAGACUUAAGCUGGAACUACUGCUUGAGAACCAGCAUCUCUCUAUAGAAUAUUCGGUUAAAACUAUUGCAGAGUUCCGGGACCUAAACAUAAACAAUACCUGCACCCAAAAUGAGUAACGGCUCCUAUUUCAGUCCACUAGAAGCACUGAAUCAGUCUACUGCCAAAACCCCCAUCUGAUAAGUGCAGACAUGCCCUCUUAUAUAUCAGGUUGAUCAUUAAAUGCUCACUUGCAACCAAAGUCCUACCUUUGUAUUAUUGGCCUCCACUAAGCUCUGCCUCCAUCCCCUGCUGAUGGCUACAAUUGAUUGGGCCCUGUGUAUUUUUAGGUGAGCUGUUGAGGCUUUGAUUUAUUAUUGAUGUUCUUACCCUUGCACGUUCUUCCUAAGAACAGGACAGCGAGAACAGACCCUAGAGAUAAAGCCACAUACUGAACUGCAUUACGCCCAGGGGUGCAGUGCUGAAUAUGAGAAGGCCGCCCAGGCAGCAUUGCUUUAAAUGCACACAUGACAAAUUAUAUGCACUUAAGUAUUUCAGCUUCUGCAGAGAUGCAUUAUACUGUAUUUUGGCAUCUGCUUUGAGUGUUACAAAUAUAUACAGUGCCCUUUGUAUUUACUGGGAUGUUGACAAUUUUGUUGUUAUUUUGGCUCUGUACUCCAGAACUUUGAAUUUGAAAUGUUACAAUGACUAUGAGGUUAAAGUGCAGACUGUCAGCUUUAAUGUGACUUUUUGUACAUCGUCCUCUCAUUUUAGGGGACCAAAAGUAUUGGAACAAAUUCACUUGUGUGUAUUAAAGUAGUCUCAAGUUUAGUAUUUUGUCCAAUAUUCACAGCAAUCGAUGAUUAAAUUAAGCUUGUGACUCUAAA